UUCACAGUUGAGGGUGCAAAAUACAUGGCUUUAAGGAAGAGCAUGAAGAAGCAAAUCCGAAAGGCGUUGGUAAAUUUGAAAUCAAUGAAGAAUGAGUUGAUUUCUUCUUCCUCAAACAAUAAACAAAAUAACUCUUCGCCCAUGCUUCAAUCCUUGAAAGAAGCAGAAUCCAUAACCCUAAACUCACUAGAACAUUUGUUGCUAUUUAUCUCUGAUCCAAAAGGACAGUCAAAGAACGGAAGAUGGUCAGCAAUAUCCAAGUUGAUGCAUUCUAAAAGAGUAGUUUGUGAUUCUCAAGAAUCAGACACAAAUGAAUUUGAGAAGGUGGAUGCAGCAUUGCAGCCUCUCAUUAGCAACAAGCUUACAUGUACUGAAAAUGUUCAAAGUCAACUGGAAAAUUUGGAGAUGUGCAUUGAAGAUCUAGAAAUAGGAGUUGAGCGCAUGUCAAGAAAAUUAAUUAGAAAUAGAGUUUCACUUCUUAACAUAUUCAACCAUUAAUCAUAGUGUCUAUAUGAUUUUUGUGCACUCAAUUUUCCCCCAUGAG